AUGAAUGAAUUGAGUGUUCUUGGGUUGAAUGUUCUUGAGAUGGGAGUUCUUUGGUUGGAUGUUCUUGAAUGUUAUGACUUGGGUAUUAAUCUUUGUUAUAAAUGUUCAUUUUAUACUAAUCUUUGUAAUCUGUCAAAGGGAGAUAACAAUCUAAAAGAAGAUCA